CUGCGACUCCUGGGCUCGGGCACGUCGCCCAACGAGGCAUUUCGCAGCUGCGUCAACCGUUGGUUCAGAAAUCAACCUGAAGUGUUUGCACAGACCAUCCGAUUGCAGCUCCAGGCGAAUUUCCUCGCCUGUCUUCUGACGCACAAUACUGCUCUACAUUCGCGUACUCUCAGACGGAUGCGCCACGUUGACCUGCUGUUCCACGCAGUGGCGACGAUGGCGAUCGCGGACGAAGAAUGGGCGGAAUUCAUUCGGCGCCCGCUUGCAUUCCCAGUCGAAGCAGCGAAAGAGAAAAAGCGCCAGGCAAUCAAGGGGCGCGCGCUGCAGGGCAAGGCGCAGGCCAAGAGGCCUCGCAAGCGCACUGUCUUCACUUCGAAGCGGAAGCCGACGGCGGCGACCCCGCCUAAACGGGCGAGGGCCCCGCCUCGGAAGCGGCCAGCCGCGAGCCUUCACUAG